AUGAGUGAUGCAUUAGUGGGUUUAGUCCUGAUAGUCUCUUUCUUGUGCAGGAAGAGAGAACUUGUCGCCUCCCAUUUGGGAGAUUUCAUCCUUGAACGGCACUACGAUCGAACAGUUGAAGAACUUGAAUCUCUUAUGGAAACAUCAAUCGACGACUACUUGAGAGCAGGACAAGAGAGCCUUGAAAGAUUCAUGGAAGCAAAAAGAAUGGCAUCCAAGAUGACACGCCUCGAGGAGAAAAAUAUGAAGUCUCGCCCUGAUUGGGACUGUAAUAACUUAAAUGAUGCAGAUCUGAAAUCAUUCAUAAACAGACAACUCCAUCAAGAAGAAGCUGGGAUGCCAGAGGAUAUAAUUAUAAAGCGCUUAAAAAUUAGAGCUCAUGUUGCAUUCACAAGUGGCUUGAACACGUCUGUGUUUGCAAACGCAUGUGAAGAAGCAAAAAGCUGUGCUAUUUGCAUGGAGAACUAUGAGAACGAAGAUAAGAUUGGUAGUUUAUGCGACUGUGCACAUGAGUUUCAUGCCAAUUGCAUGAAAGUGUGGCUGCAGCGGAAGAACAUUUGUCCCAUAUGUAACUCCUUGGCAUUGGUACCAAAUGAUUAUCCAGAUUGGGUUAGCGACUUAGGAGUGUUGCGAGCCUUCUUUAAGCGCGAUGUUACUAGAAGUUAUUAAGAAUAAAUCCUCUGGUUAAGUGAAGACUAUUUAUGUUAUUGUAUUUAUGCACUUUAUA